GGCCCUGCACACCUGGUAAUCCGGAUCACCUGGCUGCAGUCUCCAGUGCAUUCAGCAGCUGAAUGAAAGUGAAGUCUCUGUAGCAUUGCAGGACGCCUCCUGGUGUCAGACAGAAUGUUUCUAUGUAUUUUGGCAUUUCCUACCCUGCUCCUGUCAUGGGGUGUGACAGUGAGCACUGCACCCCGCCCACUCGCCAGGAAAUGGACCGGGUCGUCCAAUACCAGAGGGGUAAAAUGCGGCGUCCGCCACCUGAGGAAGGACACUACGAAUUUAUUGGAGAUGAACUUGCGCAUCGUUGGCGGAGUACAGGCUGCGGCGGGGGAACAGCCGUGGACAGUGUCCCUACAGCUGAACAAGAGACACAUCUGUGGGGGGGCCAUUGUGGAGAAAAAGAUGGUGGUGACGGCUGCGCACUGUGUCUAUCCGGUAUCUGAAGAGAAGGUCAAGCACAUGACUGUGGUCGCCGGAGAGUAUGACCGAAAUGUCAUGGACCCACAGCAGCAAAAUAUCCCGGUCUCCUAUGUGAAGGUGCACCCAAACUACCGGAGCAAUGGGAGUAUGAGCUACGACAUCGCAUUGGUUUAUCUGUAUAAGAAGAUUGUUCUGGGUACUCGGGUGCAGCCAGUCUGCCUCCCGCAGGUGGGAGAAAAGUUUGAGCCUGGAACCUUAUGUAUCACCAGCGGAUGGGGAAGGGUUAAUGAGAACCUUUUGUCCAGACACAUAACCCGCUCCCUGUUGUUGCCAGCUGGGGCGCUCUCUGACACCCUGCAGGAAGUGAAGUUACCCCUAUUGGAUGACGGUACCUGCAGCGCCAUGCUGGAUUCCAUGCGACUCCCGCCCUUACACAGGUCCAUGAUCUGCGCCGGCUUCCCGGAUGGGGGAAAAGAUGCUUGUCAGGGUGACUCUGGCGGCCCCUUGGUUUGCAAGCGGCGGUCUGGAUCAUGGGUCCUGGUCGGUUGUACAUCCUGGGGUGUUGGUUGUGGACGAUCCUGGGGUACGUCGAUGAGUAACAGAGAUGCUAUGGGGUCCCCCGCCAUAUACGCAAAGGUCUCUGCGCUCCUGGACUUCCUGAGGAAUUCCACGGCUGACAGUGGUUGUAGCUCGGAUCCUCUGGUUAUCGUUGCUGUGAGUGGUAUCAUCAAGUACCCGCUGGUUGCCACCAGCAAUUAUUCCAGCAACAGCCUCUGUCGUUGGACAAUUAUUUCCUCAAAGGAUAAAAUUAUCCAGAUCCAGUUUAUUAAACUGGACAUUGAGGAUCACGUUACCUGCGCCCACGAUUCGCUGACGUUUACCGUGAAACUAAAGGAUUUCAGAAAGGUCUGUGGAUCCAUCCUGCCAUCUCCUUUAAUAAUCCCAUCAAAUAAGGUGACAGUUACGUUCCUUUCGGACAACACGGUUAAUGGUGGCGGGUUUAAGUUCAAGUUCUCCACGUUGCCAGCUACCUCGGGAAAAGGUUCUGGGUGCGGCAGUGUUGCAGUAUUAAAAGAGGAAGGGAAGAUAUUCAGCCUUAAUUACCCCGGGUCAUACCCCAGUCUCGCCACGUGUCGUUGGGUCAUCGAAGCACCAGAAGGCGACAUUAUACAGCUCAUUUUUGAAGACUUUGCGCUGGAGUACCAGGAGGAAUGUGAAUAUGAUCGUGUAUCCAUUUACGGCGACCGAGACGAAACUCUGCUAAUUAAAACAUUAUGUGGAUUUUCAGUUGCCCGUCCAGUCCUCAGCCCAAGCAACGUAAUGGUCAUUACAUUCAAAAGCGAUCUUGAGAACAACUAUUCCGGAUUCGCGGCCAGAUUCAGCUUUAUAUACCCCAAUAAAAUUAGACCUUUCAUCCCUACUAAACCUUCUCCAAUCCCAGAUGCAGAUCAAGAGCCAAAGCCAAGUCAUGUUAAUUCAAGUGUCUGUGGGGUGGCGCCGCUGUCCGCUCCGUGGCUUCUGAAUCGUAUUGUUGGAGGGGAGGAGGCCUGCAGCAACUGCUGGCCCUGGCAUGUUGAACUCCUGUUCCAGAAAACAUUUCAGUGUGGAGGAGUGAUUCUGUCCACGGAGUGGGUCCUGACCGCCGCUCAUUGCCUACCAUCCACUGAUAUCUCCCUUUACGUGAUACUAGCCGGAAUCCAUGACCGACACUUACCUGAGACCACUGAGCAGGAGAGGACUGUCCAAGCCAUCGCAGUCCAUGAGAGGUUUGAUGUCACCACCUACGACUAUGACGUUGCUUUGCUCCGGUUGAAAGAGAAGUUUAAUUUCAACGAUUUUGUACGUCCGGUCUGUCUGCCCAAAAUGGAUGAACCUCUUGAGCCGUCCUCUCUGUGUGUGGUCACUGGCUGGGGCAGCACUGAAGAAGGUGGACAAUUUUCCAGCCGCCUGCAGCAGUUACAGGUCCCCAUUCUGGACACCAAAAUCUGCAACAGCUCCUAUUACCACGGGCAGAUCUCAGAACGUAUGUUCUGCGCCGGGUUCCCGGAUGCUGGAGGAAAAGAUUCCUGCCAGGGAGAUUCUGGUGGGCCCUUGGUCUGUCCCAGCGCGGAUAAAUCCUAUGUGCUGUAUGGCAUUGUCAGUUGGGGUGUGGGUUGCGCCCGGGUGAAGCGGCCGGGUGUAUAUGCCAGAGUCCGGUCUUUCCUGUGCUGGAUACAAAACGCACAAAAAGGAAUAAACCAAACCCCCAUUAAUGAGCGCUACCUAGUAAAGAAUCUGAGGACACUUCAGAAAGAAGAUGUGCAACCUGCUGGGUGUCCUGAUGGGCUUCGUGUAAGUGAUUCAACGGGUUUCAUCGCCUCCCCCGGAUAUCCGUAUGGGUACCCUGGUAAUCUCAACUGCUCGUGGCUGAUCUCCUCCAGGUCCUCUUCCAGCAUCAUAAAGAUUGUGGUGGAACAUCAGUCUAUCAAGAAAUCUAUAAACUGUGUCACAGAAUCUCUGUCCGUCUACCAGGAGGUGAACAACGGAAGUCAAUUGUUAGGUAAAACGUGUGGCUUCCUGUCUACUCCGAUAACUUACGAAUGUCGUUGUCCUAUGAUCAGAGUGGUGUUCAUCUCCAACAGAGAAGGCCUGCAUGGUAGAAGGGGCUUUGCGCUACAGUAUAAAAUAUAUGGAGGACAAGCCAGGCAAUAUACGAAAGAGAGAAACCGGACGAGACCUAGCGCACCGGAGAGCUGCACCGAUGUGAUUGUGACUACGGAUAAUGGGGUGAUUUCAUCUCCUGGAUACCCAGAUAAAUACCUCAAUGAUCUGAGAUGUGAAUGGAGGAUCAUUGCCCCACUUGGAAGCGUCGUACGGCUGGGCAUCGAGCGCCUGUGUACCGAGCAAGAUGUAACGGGCUGUCAGGACAGUCUCCUGGUUUACGACGGGAUCGGAGAAAGCAAAGUCUUACUAGGUUCAUUCUGCGGGAACGUGUCGCACUACGCAAUGAAGUCCAGCGCCCCGGGGAUGACUUUGGUGUUCACCACAAACUCCAAAGUGGUCAUGGAUGGAUUUUCCCUGAGAUAUUCCUUCUGGAAGGUGCAGCCAGACGCUAAGAAAAUGGGAGCUGGCCAGACUGCUGCAGGUUGUCCCACCCUGGAUCUUCUUACAGCUGGGUCAGCAGAUGUGAGAUCCCCCAACUAUCCCAGCGCCUAUCCCAGUAGACUGGAUUGCUGGUGGAUCAUUAAUUUGGCCUCUGGAAACCGGCUUGAGGUUCUCGUUGUGGAUUUGGCUUUAGAGGAUUCUCCAAACUGCACCUGGGACUUUCUGAGCGUUUAUGAUGGAACCGGCAAUAGGACCCAGUUGUUGGUCACGCUUUGCGGGAACAUGUCCAAUCUGGUCUUGUACACCAGCAGCAACUUCCUAACGCUCCACUUCCACACCGACGUGUCCGUGGCCAGCCGGGGAUUUCACAUCCACUACAGCGAGAUAACAACUUCCCCGACUGGGCUAUGCUGUCCUGCCGCAACCAGCGAGGAUGAUGAGAGCUGCGGGAACACACAAGUAGACCCUAUGCCAAAAGGGAAGUCCGUAGUAAUGGCGGAAGUUUCCAUUGAUGAAAAAGGAACGGCCCGGGUGGUGGGCGGCCACACAGCUCCUUCUAAAUCCUGGCCAUGGGUGGUCAGCCUUCAGGACAAGAAUGGGAAAUUCUUCUGCGGAGCUGCAAUCAUCCAUGAGAAAUGGAUACUGACCGCUGCUCACUGCGACUUCAUGGUCGGGUCAGACCGAGUGUUUGUGGGGCAGACGAACCUAUCCCAGAGACCCAGGGCAGAAGCCAUAGUUAGGAAGGCCUACGUCCAUGAGAAGUAUGACAAAGGUUUCCUCCCACCCAGCUACGACAUCUGCCUCCUGGAGCUAGAGACCUCUCUUGUGCUGGGUGACUCGAUCGCAGUGAUAUGUUUGCCCCAGGAUAAUGAAGUCCUCUCACACGAUGGCUGUCUGACCGCAGGAUGGGGCGCUACAAAAGGCCUGAGUACCCAGUAUACUAACCUGCUCCAGCAAGCGAAAAUCCCACUAGUGCCCGCAGAGGACUGCAUGAGCUACUGGGGGACGGAUAUUACCGAGGGCAACCUGUGCGCGGGGGCUGUUGGUGCAUCUUCUUGCCUGGGAGAUUCUGGAGGUCCCCUGAUAUGCAGCAGGAACGAGAAAUACAUGCUGGUUGGUGUAGUCAGCUGGGGCAGUGGUUCCUGUGACCCCAACACGCCCGCCGUGUAUACCUCUGUGGCGAAGUACAGAGACUGGAUAAAGCGACACGCUGGAUUUUAAUAAAAUGUUUCUCAGUGUU